UUAGACAUCAUUCAAACUGGUGAAGAUUAAUUGGCGGCUGUCCCUGUGCCGCAGAAUUGACUUUUUCCUGGCCUUGUUACCACUUUUUAUGAGCACAAUCAGGGCUCUAAUACUCCAGAAUCAGUAAGGUUUCUUAGAGAGGCUAAUCUGGAUUCUCCUGCUGGUGUUUAUGGGCAGCUUUCUCCAAGGAUUACGUGGUUCCGUGAAUGGAUUUGAAUUUGACAAUGGUUCGAUUUCAUCAGUCUUUCAAAAUCUCUAUUUUCAAAGUGGUGAGUCCACUUAUCCCACCACUGCACAGCUUCCUAUUGAUUCAGACGCAAGCCCCUACACGGAUUCUCCAGAUAAUGCAUGUGUCGACAAUAAUGACUCUGCUGAUGCCGUUCUCAAGUUCAUAAAUGAGAUGCUUAUGGAAGAAUACUUAGAAGAGGAGAACUGCAUGUUGCAGGAUCGUUUGGCCCUUCAAGCUGCUGAAAAAUCCUUCUAUGAUAUCAUUGGCCAAAGAUACCCUCCUUCUCCUAGACAGAUUCUUCCAUGUUCCAAUCAGAAGAUCUACAGCUCAGAUGAUUGUUUCAUUAUGGGAAGCAGUAACAAUUGCUAUACAACGGCUAGUAGUAGUAGCCUGGUUGAAUCUAAUUAUGUUCUUCAAAGUUCUCUUAUUAACUCUCCGUUUAACACCUUUUUAGUACCAGAUUUGUACAGUCAGAUUCAACCUUUCGAAAGGUUCCAGGAAAGAAUAGGAGAAGCUGGUGAGAGACUUCUUAAUGACGAUGUGAAUGUUUCCGCCCAAAGCAACUUCCUGAAGCCUUCAAAACCAGAACUGGUGGCAGUAACCAUGGCAGAGAAGACUGUAAGGUAUUCCCCUCCAGAUGGGUUAGGAGUCGGAAAAAUUAUCAGCGAGAUGAUAGCAUGUAUCUUGAAGAUGCAAGGAGCAAGAAGGAUCCAGCAUUCUCUCAAGCAGAGCCAGAAGAAACGAUGUAUGAUGACGUAUUACUCUGCAAGGCCGAGAAUAACAAUUCAGAAUUGUGUUGUCUUUAUGGACCACUUCACAAUAGAUCGAGUGAGAAGUUGCAGCAUAGUGGACAGGGAGAAAUGAAACACACAAAGAAGAAACGGGGACACAGAAGAGAAGUUGUGGAUUUGUGUAAUCUCCUGAUUCAAUGUGCACAAGCUGUGGUUGGCUAUGAAAAAAGGACUGCGAAUGAACUACUGAAACAAAUCAAACAGCACUCUUCUGCAAUUGGAGAUGAAACUCAGAGAAUGGCAUAUUAUUUUGGUUAAUUACUUCAGUGAGCCCCUUCAGGAAAAUGUCACAUUUCCUUGCAAACAAGACCAUUAUGAAACUAUCAGAGAAAGCAACGAGGCUCCACAUUAUUGAUUUUGGCAUUCAUUAUGGUUUCCAAUGGCCUAUUCUUAUCCAACUUCUUUCGGCUAGACCUGGAGGACCUCCCAGGCUUCGUAUAACGGGAAUUGAAUUUCCUCAACCAGGAUUUUGGCCAGCAGAAAGCGUUGAAGAGACAGGGCGUCGCUUGAAAAGAUACUGUGAUAGGUUUAAUGUGCCAUUUGAAUGCAAUGUCAUAGCACAGAAAUGGUCAUAUCUCUUGCAGCGCAAUGGGUCCAUUACGUUUGGUAGAUUGGCCCAUACGUCAUAAACACAAUCACUAGAGGCUUUCAUAUAUUAAAAUGAAAAUUCUAUAUCCUUCUUAUAACUUUAUGUUAUGCAUACAUACCAUGCCAAGCAUCUGCUAACUAUGCCCACUAAACUAUAGUUAGUUUGCUUCAGUGCACUAUGGUCUAAGGUGUUCAAUAUUUGAACCCAUAUACUUUCUUAUGUCUCUAAAGAGACAAAGACAUUCUCAACAAC